AUGGUCCAAGCAACGGGUGAAGAGCACGCUGUACAACUGGCCCGAGAGGCCGUCGAAUUGGUCGACGCCGGCCAUCGAGAGUUUCCUCAACAGGCUGCCUCCCGCAAUCUCCGAGAAGCCCUUUCGAUCGCUCCUGAAAAUCCACAAGUUAAAGCUGCCUUUCUGAAGGUUCAGCAGGAAGAGAAAGCCGACCACCAGCUACUUGAGCUCUGCCGUCGAUACACCACACAGAAGGAUGAAAAUGCCGGCAAGGAAGCCGCAACUUACCUCCGGACUGAUGGGUUGAAAUCACCGGAAAACGUCGCCCUGGAAUGCCUCAAAUUGUUGCUAGCACAGCGACCGCACUCUCUGUCAGCGACACAGGACGAUAUCAUCUCGGGACUGGUGCGGCAGAACAAAAGCGUUCGGCAGUACUUCUCUACAGAGCUUCAGACCUCUGUUACGACAUUCUUCGAUGAGAUUUAUGACCGGGGUGAUGGCGCAGCGGUGUGCCUGGACACGGUGGUGCUAGAUCCCACUGUGUGGACAUCGGAGGAAACGCGAUCCCACUGCGAGAGUGAACUAUUUCAGCUGUUCAUUGCCAAAUUGAUGGAAUCGGGCCAUGAUCUCGACGGCCGCUCCUUGAAGGGUAUCACUAGACUACUCGCUGUCCAUGCUGUCGAGCUGGAACAUUUGAUUGACGAUGAAGGGUUUGAGGUGAUCCUCUCAUCCUUGGAUAUGCGAUUGCCACUGGAAGUACGGAGCCAGGCAACGUUGGCCACAGCCAAAUAUCUCGAGGUUGCCAAGGAGACGGGCGAGAAGAAGCUGUUAACCUUGAUCAUGUCGAUUCUUGGCAAAGGCCGCAUGGACGAUCUAAUCGUUGCGUUCUCUGCGGUUGCCGCCGUCUUUCCCGUGGCUCCCUCCGCAGCUGCCAAUCUCUUCUUAUCGGAAGAGUUCAUGAAACAUCUAGUUCCGAUGGCAACCCGAGACGCCAAAAGUAAGAAGGUGGAACUUCCUGUUUUGGAACUUCUCAAUGCGGCUUGCAUCAACCGCCCGUGUCGCGAGGCCGUUUCGAAGCGAUUUGGGGAGUGGCUGUCGCAUACCCUGACCAAUGGCAGUGACAAGAGCUCGGAAUUAGCGGCAGUGGCCCUGGCAAAGAUUCGGGCAUCUGAACCCGAGCAGCCCUCGAAUGGCAACGGUAAGGUUUUGGAGCAAGAUAGCGAUUCCGAGCUCGUUCUUCGAUUUAUGGGACUGAUGUCUGAACAAAAGGUCGACACCGACUCCCACGCAAUUGAAGGAUUGGCUUACACUUCGACAAAGCCGUCCGUCAAGGAUCAGCUUGCCUUCGAUCCCACUUUUCUACGGAAUCUUAUCGCUGUACUGAAACGAAUUCACGCCGAUUCAGGCCCACUUUAUGGCGGCAUGAUGGUCUUCGCGAACCUCACCAGAUUCCUACCCAACCUAUCCGAAGAGCAAAAGAAAAUGUCGCAAUUGAAGGACUAUGCGGACGCAUCAACCGGAAAGACGAAGGCGCCAUUAGCACCACAUACUCAAGAUCAAGAUGAUGCUGUUCUGGCACGAUGUGCCGCCGUUAUCGAUGCAGGCAUCAUGCCUUUGCUGGUCGAGGUUGGCCGAACCUCUUCGUCUACUACCAACGAGUCCAUGGCACAGAUCCUAUUGUCUCUGACAAGGCUUCAAAAGUCCCGUGGUAAAUUGGCCCAACAAGGUGCGGUGAAGCUGUUACUCAAUCUUGCUGCCCCGCAUCAGAGCAGCAAUGGCAUUGUACCAAAUGAAACCACACGCCUUGCAUCCCACGCGUUGGCCCGCAUUCUCAUUUCCGUUGACCCGUCACAUGUUUUCCCCUCGUCUGGCUUCCCUCAGGUUACAUCCGCUGUCCGACCCCUACUCUCUCUUCUCCCAUCGCUCGAGUCUCCUUCGUUCUCUGCCGAUCAACCCCGUGAUCUACUUCCCGUGUUUGAAAGUCUUUUGGCUCUGACGAACCUUGCUUCCUACCCGCACGAUGACUCCGCGCCCAAACUCAUCGUCCGGGAAGGCUGGGCGGCAGUGGAAGACCUCCUUCUUUCUAGCAAUGCCCAAGUUCAACGGGCUUCUUGUGAACUGGUCUGUAAUCUGAUGACUUGCGAAUCCGGUGUCGUCAAAGUUGCGGAUGGCUCUAAACAAGCGGCGCAGCGCCUUCACAUUUUGUUGGCUCUGACCGAUGCCGAUGAUUUCCCGACACGAAGGGCUGCCGGUGGGGCCCUUGCCAUGUUGACGGAGUUCGACGCCGCCAUAGUUGCAAUCCUGGACCGACCGCGAGGCGUGGAAUUGCUACUAGGACUGUGCCAGGAGGACGAUGAUGCUUUGGUUCACCGCGGAGUGGUCUGUGUACGCAACUUCACUUGCAUUGCCACAGGUGAUAUUGGUACCCGUGCCAAAGCAGCCGUUCGCGACGCUGGGGGAAUUGGCAUUCUCGCUGCAUGCCUCAAGAAAACGAAGAAUCAAGCGGUGCUACAAGCUGGCGCUGACGCCUUGAAGCCACUGGUUCAGGCCCAGAUCUAG